AUGCUGACCAUUUUCAUUAUUCAGACCAUCGUUUGCAUUGGCUCACUACUCAUUUUGUUUUAUUCAAGUGGUAAUCAAUAUGUCGAUAAUAUUUCCACAAUUCGAGAGGAAAAUGUCAAGAGACAGAUCCAUUCAUACUUUGCAACAGGUGGAUAUAUAUUGAAGAAUGUGAGGGAAGUCUUGUUCUUGGAUCGAUUCUAUUAUGGAAAUACCAUUGGAAAUGCAUCGAAAAAUGCCAAGCGAAUCUUGUCUGCGUUUGCACCGGUUCAACUUGGCUCCAUCCACUCCUCAUGCCUCUUCUAUGCCAAUAGCAAAAAGCAAGUGGUGAGCAUUGUGAUGACACCCACUGUCAAGGAGGUGAUCUAUACAGCCGAUGAUAAUUUUGAUGCUAAAAUUUCACCCUAUAAUAUGUAUUAUGAACCCACCAACCCUCGUGAGUUCAUUAGGAAUUAUGAUCCAACAGUGGACGCCUCCUACACGACUGUCAUUAGCUGUUGCACAUUUCCAAAAUCCAAGUGGACCAAAAUUUUCAUCAAUCCACUCGUUCCAACCACCUCUCUUGCAUUGGUCACCAAGUUGGAUUUUGAAAUGGUCAAUGAAACAGGAGUAGCAGUCAGUGAGGUUAUUUCAGUGGGUUAUGAUUUCUUCUAUCUUGACAUGUUGUUGUCUUCGACGGUUGUGGAGAAUAUUGACAUGCAGACACGUUCUAUUAAGAUUGUGUUAGUGGAACGAAAUGGAUUACUAGUUUCAUCUUCAAUGAAGGCUCAAACUUACACGGGUAAUACAAGAUUUCACAUGUCCACCAUAAGCGCUCAUUUUGAAAAGGUUUCACAACGGUUGAUGAAACAUCAGAUGCUUUCUGAUUUGAAUUUUACUUCACCCAUCGAUUACAGCAAUACAAGAAUGGUAUUUUAUGAAAAUGGAAUUAGAGUGAGUGCAGAAUCAUUCACGGAUGGCAAUGGACUGGAUUGGAUUGUAAUUGUUUCAACCGUUGAUCAUGGAUUUGUAAAGAUUAUAUUCACAAGUUCUCCAGUACUCUUGGCCUUAAGCAUUUCGUUAAUCAUUCUUGGUACCAUUGUCAUGAUUGUGAUUUCUGUAUGGGCCACAAGACGAAUAUUAAGAGUAGCACACAACAUGUACCAGAUUUCUAGAAUGGAAGACCAUCGAGUUAAAAAUUCAAAACGAAAGUUAAUAUUUGAGCUAGGACUUUUACAAAAUGCCUCUAGGGCAGUUCAACUCGUACUCGAUGGGUUUGUCAAGUACAUUCCCAAAGAGAUUGUAAAAGAUAUUGUACAUUCGAAAACAGGUGCCACUCUUGGCAUGAUCAACAUUUACACCACCACCAUGUUUACAGAUAUUGAAGAUUUUACUAACUUGUCAGAAUCUAUUCCAAUUUCCACGUUGAUCACCAUACUCUCGCAUUACUUUGAUAUUGUCACCAAGGCAGUAGAACAGAAUGGAGGAAACGUUGAUAAAUUUAUAGGAGAUGGAACCAUGAGUGUAUUUUCAAUGCCAACGAGAAUAUGGCAAGAUCACCCAUCGAGAGCGUGUCGGGCAGCACUAGAGUCCUUGUCACAAAUUGAAGAUUUGAAGGUAAUAUCAAAGAGAGAAGGUUGGCCACGCAUUAACAUUCGAGUUGGAAUCAAUACUGGAAAUGCCAUGAUUGGAAAUGUUGGGUGUCAAGAUCGUUUCGACUAUACUGCUCUAGGAGACUCUGUCAACACUUCCAGUCGUUUAGAAGCUCUCAAUAAGAGAUAUCAAUCUUCGUUACUCAUUGGACAAACAACCUAUGAAGAGGUAAAAGAUGAAUUUGUUUGCUUCUUUGUGGACACGGUCAAGUUGAAAGGAAAGGAUCUAGCCAUUGACAUUUACACCAUAGAGACUGAAUGGAAACAUUUAAAUCCACAACAAAGGCAUGUACAUGACAAGCUUUUUGAAAUACGUGAAAGUAUGCAUCAUCACAAGUUCGAAGAAAUGAGAAAUCAGAUUCAUGAGUUGGUAACAUGUGUUGCUGAAUAUGAAAAGGAUGCUUCAAAAUCAAACAUUCGCUCCAACAUGAAUUUUUUGGGUUGCCUGAUCGAAAGAUCGAACCAUUUAAUCCAAUCCUAUCAAAUCCAUAGCAAAUUUGCAUCUGAUUUUGAUUACUCUCUAACAUUGACUGAAAAAUGA